CUUGUAUCACAGCUAAACGACCCGUUGAUCCGAUUUGCAACUCUUUUAACAUUAGUUUUCCCUACUUAUGUCCCGCAAAUCCUCCGAGCAUGACUACACCCUCCGCAGCAUGACCAACCUGAUGGGCGAGAGGAGGAAGAAAGCGGGAGGAGGCGGCGAUGACGGCGGAGAGCGGACUCUCAUCACUGCUCCGUCCAGCACGAGCCUCACGAGCCUGGCCGCUUCCGCCUCCUCGCGCGCCUCCUCCGACGCCGCGUGCGCUUCCUCCACCGGGGACCUGGAGCGCGCCGCCCGGAAGAACUUCCAGUGCGAUGGCGCGCCGGCCUUCGUGCGUGUGCUGGCGGUGCUCUCCGCACUCGGCGGCUUCCUGUCCGGAUACGACGCCGGCGUGGUGUCCGGGGCCAUGCUGCUCCUCAAGCGGGAGCACAACAUCACGCUGCCGUGGCACGAGCUGCUCGUCUCGGGCACUGUGGCCGCCGCGGCUCUCUCCGCUCUCGCGGGCGCGUUUCUUAACGACGUGUUCGGCCGGAGAGCGUGUGUGCUGCUCGCCAGCUUCGCCUUCUUCGUCGGCGGAAUCGUGAUGGGCUCUGCACCGAAUAAGGAGGUUGUUCUGGUUGGUCGGCUUAUUGUCGGAAUCGGGAUCGGGAUUGGCUCCAUGACUGUUCCUGUAUAUAUUGCUGAGUCUUCACCACCACAAAUGAGAGGUCAGCUGGUUACCAUCAACACGCUGUUCAUCACAGCAGGCCAGUUCGUGGCCAGCCUCAUUGAUGGAGCAUUCAGCUACGUACAACAUGGAGGAUGGAGAUACAUGCUGGGUCUGUCAACCUUGCCCGCUCUGGUGCAGUUCUUGGGGUUCCUCUUUUUACCUGAGAGCCCUCGUUGGCUCAUCCAGAAGGGUCUUACCCAGAAGGCUCGGCGUGUACUCAGUCAGAUUCGAGGCAACCAGAACAUUGAUGAAGAGUAUGACAGCAUCAAGAGCAGCAUUGAGGAGGAAGAGAAAGACAGUGCUGGAGAUGGCCCAGUGCUGUGGCGCAUGCUGACCUAUGCUCCCGCCCGGCGUGCUCUCAUUGUGGGCUGCGGACUCCACAUGUUCCAGCAGCUCUCUGGAAUCAACACAGUAAUGUACUACAGUGCCACCAUUUUGCAGAUGUCCGGAGUGCAGGAUGAUAAGCUGGCAAUCUGGUUGUCCUCACUGACCACCUUUACUAACUUUCUGUUCACACUGCUGGGUGUGUGGAUGGUAGAAAGGGUAGGAAGACGGAAACUGACUCUUGGCAGCAUUGUCGGGACUUGCCUGAGUCUGUGUCUCCUAGCUGUUGGGUUCCUGCUCUCUGCUCAGCACACUCCCCCUGUCACCCUCCACCAUGCUGACCACGCUCUUGCCAACACCAGCUGCUCCACAUAUCUGUCAUGUGAACUAUGUAUGCUGGAUCCAGGCUGCGGUUUUUGCUACCAGCAGAACAGUACUGCUGUGUUCGCUUCCUCCUGCGUGCCAGUCAAUCAGGCCUCCACAGAGAAAGCAGCGUGGGGCAGGUGCUCUAACUCAACACAAUCUCCAAAUCACAGUUUUUGGGCUUAUAAUUUUUGCCCAACCUCUUACUCUUGGCUAGUUCUCCUGGGUCUUGUUCUUUACUUGGCUUUCUUUGCUCCAGGUCUGGGCCCAAUGCCAUGGACCAUUAACUCAGAGAUUUAUCCACUGUGGGCCAGAAGCACAGGCAAUGCCUGCUCAGCUGGAGUGAACUGGACCUUCAACGUGCUGGUGUCCCUGACCUUUCUACACAUAGCCCAAUACCUUACCUACUAUGGUGCAUUUUUUCUGUACUCAAGUCUUGCUGUGCUGGGCUUUUUCUUUGUUUACGGAUGUCUCCCUGAGACGAAAGGCCGCCGGCUAGAGGAGAUCGAGUCGUUGUUCGAAAGUCGACUGUGCUCCUGUGGCGCUUCGGACUCAGAUGAGGGCCGGCAAGUGGAGUACAUCCGGGUUAAAGGAUCAAAUUACCACCUGUCAGACAAUGAUGGUUCAGACGUGGAAUAAACCUCAGGUGAAAGUUCUAAGAACGCCCAGUAGAUCCUCUCUCAGCUCUGCACAUGGCUUAUGAAGAGAGUAGGAAGGAAUCCCUUUUUAGCUUCAUCCCACCAUGAAACCAGCUGCAUCUGUAGCAGUCAGGCUGCAUCUUACAAAUACAGCACGUCACUUUAAAGGAUAAUGGAACAAACAUAUCCAAACAUACAACCAUAUGCCUGCUAUUGUGAGAUAUCUGAGAAUUUAAAGUGUCUAAGUUAUGGUAUACUACGAAUUAAUGCAGCAGUGCUCAAAGUAUGCUGAAAGAUGUUACACAACAGUUUUUUGUGCUCUGCAGUAAAAUGAGGUGUGUGUACAGAACAAUAGUCAGUCAACUAUUUUAGUCUUGCGUUUUUGUAAAGAUGCUAGGCUUUGGAAUUGGGAACUUGUUCUCAUCACAAUGUUCAGUUUAAUUUCUGUGAACAUUUUUAGCAUGAUUCUGGCAAAAUUAAAAUUUUUGAAUUCAGUAGCAUAUCACACAUGGGGUGUAACCUGGAUUAUGUCUUCUGUUGUUUCCUGUAAUUGGAGCUGAGAGCAUUGGAAGUGAUUUGUUCAAAAGGUAGUCUUUUUGAGAUGAACCAAAACUACUUCACUUCCUUCAUAGUGUUUUAUCUCCUUUUUAAUCUGUUUUUUUUUUUUAUAUCUGUACUUCUCAGAUGAUUUGGCUCAGUUUCAUUUAGUCUUCCUUCACAGCCUUGUGUACAAAUGGCUUUGCAUCUCAUAACUCUCAUCCAUGUAACAAAGUGGAAACUGUUUUGACAAGUAGUGUAAUAUCCGAUGUUUUGUUUAUAUUGUACUGCUUGUGAGUAUACACCUUGGUAGUUUGGUACACAUAGAAAAGUGCCAAGCAGACAUAUUGUGCCUAUAUGUGCAACAAAGCAGUUGAUGGGUUUUGUAAAAGCACCAAUAUCAAGCAAACCUAACACAAGCUCAUUUAAAUGCUAUUACUGUUGAGUAUGUAUUGUGUGUUUGUUUACUGUUAGCACAAACAGGUAACUUAACUGUGUUUUCAUGUUUGAAGUAUGCCAAGUCUCCGAAACGGAGAAGCACUCUAUAGAGCAGGGAUGCUCAUAACAGUUCUGAUUAUUGCAGUGAAGGAGAGACUGCUUCAGGAAAGUAUAUUAAAGGCCAGGACUUUAUUAGGACUUUGUGACAGAGUUUUAUUUAACAGACGUUUAGAGUGUGC